AAAAUACGAAGGAUAUUCUCGUGAUAUAUGAACAAGAAGCAGAAGAGUGGGCUCUGUAUUUAAAAUCUCUUUUUGGACACAUAGUGAAUGAAGGAGGAAUCUUACUCUACAAUCUAGAGACUUCAUCUUUCAAACACCAUGAACUAUUCUCUUUACCCUGUUAUAAAUGUAAACUCCUGAUACUAUCGUGUGGACUUCUUAACUCCCUGAAUCGAAAGAGAAGUUAUUUUCUGGAGCAAGUUCUAAAACCUGCAGAUAAUGUGGUGAUUCUGCUUUGUGGGGUGGAGAAUUCAGAGAUUCUUUAUGAGAUCCUGACCUUAGAUGGAGGCAGCAAAGAGAUUUCCACUGAUCAGGAACCUGAGGAAUAUCUCUCUGUUGUUACUGGAAUUAUUCAACCAGGUAAGCCACAGAAUGAAAAUCCCGGAGACUCUUACAUCUAUGAAGCAGUUCUUGCAGACGAUCACCAGAUUAGCUCUGAUGUUAACUUGUCAGAUGUCAGGGGAGCAUCAGAAAAAAGAGACCUCAGUUUUAAAACGGAGGUACUUUCUGAAACAUUAGGAACUAACGAGCAGUCGAUAUUGGUGCUUCCAGGAAGAAUAUCCUGUGAGAACCCUGGUGAAAUAUUCAUUUUGUUGAAAGAUGAAGUAGAUGAUGAAACUUUAGAAAUUGAAUUCAUAGCAGAUAAUCAACGAAUUAGGACACAGCCAGCCUCUUGGAAUAAGAAGGUCAAGUACAUGAAAGCCUUAGAUUUUCCUGCUGGCCCUGUCUAUGUAAAUGUCUACUGUGGAGAACUCAUUAAGACCACAGCGCAAAUUGAGUACUAUACUGUACUGGAGGAGAUUGAGCACAUUUUUCAGAAAGUGGCUGACCCAAUAGCUUUCACUUGUCAG